CUGGAGAUCCCUGAGCAGCCUCACAGCAGGGAGAGGCCCUUCAGGUGCUUGGAAUGUGGGAAGAGCUUCAGGACGAGCACCACCCUCCUUCGCCACCAGCACAUCCACACUGGGGAACGGCCCUACACGUGUGGGGAAUGUGGGAAUAGCUUCAGGCAGAGUUCCACCCUUUGCAAACACCAGCGCAUCCACACUGGGGCAGGGCCCUACUCAUGUGGGGAAUGUGGGAAGAGCUUCUGUGACAGCUCCAACCUGAUCCUGCACAAGCAUAUCCACACUGGAGAACGGCCCUAUUCGUGUGGGGAAUGUGGGAAGAGCUUCCCUCAGAGCUCCAACCUCCGCAGACACCAGCGCAUCCACACUGGGGAACGGCCCUAUGCAUGUGGGGAAUGUGGGAAGGGCUUCUGGCACAACUCCAGCCUCCACAUCCACCAGCUCAUCCACACCGGGGAACGACCGUACAAGUGCUUGCAAUGUGGGAAGGGGUUUCAGACCAGCUCCACUCUCCUCGUUCACCAGCGGACGCACACGGAUGAGAGGCCCUUCCGCUGCACCGACUGCAGGAAGGGCUUCAAGCAGAACUCCCACCUCGUCACCCACCGGCACAUUCACACCGGGGAGAGGCCCUACAAGUGUGGGGAGUGUGGGAAGAGCUUUACCCAGAACUCUACCUUGACCCAACACCAACGGACCCACCAGUAAGAAAAGCCCUACCAGUGCCCCGACUGCGGGAAGAGCUUCGGCCGCUGCUUCCACCCCAAUGAAGCCCCUGAUGGUGAGGCAACCCCUGGAGUGCAGUGACUGUCAGUGCAUCCCUUUCUACC